GUUGGCAUGUUGAGACUCUAGCAGUCACCUUGCCUCGGCUGCUCCUGCUGCUGCUGUACCGGGAAAGAGCGAACAAACCGUCCGGACCAGAACCACACAGGAAGGCAGGUGGGAGCGGGACUCUGGGGCCACCGACCGAACCGGGUCGACAUGGCGCAGACAAAACCGAAGACCUCUCCGAAGGCCAUCAAGUUCCUGUUCGGAGGUCUGGCCGGCAUGGGUGCGACCGUGUUCGUCCAGCCGUUGGACCUGGUGAAGAACCGGAUGCAGCUGAGCGGUCAGGGGACCAAGGCCCGCGAGUACAAGACUAGCUUCCACGCUCUGUUCUCCAUCCUGAAGAACGAAGGAGUUGGAGGCAUCUACACCGGCCUCUCUGCAGGUCUGCUGCGUCAGGCCACCUACACCACCACCCGACUGGGGAUCUACACCAUCCUGUUUGAGAAGAUGACAGGAGCUGAUGGACGGCCACCAAACUUCUUCCUGAAGGCUCUGAUCGGGAUGACGGCCGGCGCCACCGGAGCGUUUGUGGGAACCCCAGCGGAGGUGGCUCUGAUCCGGAUGACGGCUGAUGGACGACUUCCUGCUGACCAGAGGAGAGGCUACACCAACGUGUUCAACGCUCUGGCCCGGAUCACCAGAGAGGAGGGGCUCACCACGCUGUGGAGGGGGUGUGUGCCCACCAUGGCCCGGGCGGUGGUGGUGAACGCAGCUCAGCUGGCCUCGUACUCUCAGUCCAAACAGGCUCUGCUGGACUCAGGGUAUUUUGGAGACGACAUUCUGUGUCACUUCUGCGCCAGUAUGAUCAGCGGCCUGGUUACCACGGCAGCAUCGAUGCCCGUCGACAUCGUGAAGACCAGGAUCCAGAACAUGAGGAUGAUCGAUGGGAAACCCGAGUAUAAGAACGGCUUGGACGUGUUGAUGCGGGUCAUCGGGAAGGAGGGCUUCUUCUCCCUGUGGAAGGGCUUCACGCCGUACUACGCCCGCCUCGGACCCCACACCGUCCUCACCUUCAUCUUCCUGGAGCAGAUGAACCGCCUCUAUAAGACCUACGUCCUGGACCGCUAACACACACACACACACACACACACAUUGAGGAGGACCGCAGCAUCGGAUCGUCUGAAGGAGAUGAAGGAACAGGUCCAUGUUCUGCUGCUUUAAAAUAAAACAUCUGAAAUGAGAAACUCGAUGAGAUCAUUGUUGAAGCUUGGACUCACACACACUCACUCACACACACACAUAAAUAGUUUGAGUUCUCUGUAAAAUAAAUACGGUUCUGAUCCAAUCACUGACAUCUGCAGCUAUUAAAGCGUCUUAUUGUACAACUGUAACCCCCAUCCUGACAUCACCUGGUUACCAUGGUUACAGGGUCAGAAAUAAACAGUUUGUAGCCUCA